UUAAUGACGUCAUAUCCGCGCGACUGAAACGUACAGAGUACAACAGCGGCGGCCUGUGUUUUUCACUCGAGCGCUGCAAUUUUUGUCUUCGGUGGAGGAUUUGUCUCUACAGUCCGUCACCAUCAUGAAACUAGUCAGGUUUUUGAUGAAACUCAGCCAUGAGACGGUUACCAUUGAACUGAAGAAUGGCACCCAGGUCCAUGGCACCAUCACAGGUGUUGAUGUAAGCAUGAACACCCACCUGAAGGCGGUGAAAAUGACCCUGAAAAACAGGGAGCCCACUCAGCUGGAGUCACUGAGUAUUCGUGGCAACAACAUCCGCUACUUUAUCCUCCCCGACAGCCUCCCACUGGACACCUUGCUGGUUGACAUUGAGCCAAAGAUCAAGUCCAAGAAGAGAGAAGCAGUGGCUGGACGGGGACGAGGAAGAGGUCGAGGGCGAGGCAGAGGAAGGGGACGAGGCCGGGGUGGCCCGAGGAGAUGAUUACCAGGCCGUACGUUUGCUGGCCAACGCCCCACUGUUUGUACAGGAGUUUUUUUUUUUUCUUUUUCAACAAAACAUUUUGUGAAUUUCCACGUGUUUUUUGGUUCAGUUUUGUUCUUAUUUUGUACAUUAAAAUCCUUCUGAAGAGGA